AGAGCAAGUGUUGAGGGAGCCGGUAUCUUCGGUGAGUUGUGCGCAACUCACUGUUGGGUCCAAAGUUCAGCUCGGGUCCAAGUAUCAUGGUGAAGAUCAAGAGGAGCCUAUGGCUUCUCUUUGUUUUGGCUGUAGGGGUCCUUGCGCGACCCGAUAGCGAUGACCUAUCGACUGCAUCAUCGCAGUUGGCUGAGCUGCGUAGCGGCCGCGUAUUGGAUGUUACAGCUGAAGAUGUAACAUCUGAAGAUGUAACAGCUGAGGACUCCGACUCCGAUGAGAGUCGAAUGUUCAACCCAAACGAGUUGAUUGGACUGCCGCUACCCUUAGAUUCGCUACACAAAUGUCACUCACAGGGUGAAAUGUACUACGAGAAGAGAGGGGCCAUAUGUUUCGUCUGCGCCUGCUUCAGUUCCUCAAUAGGCCUCCUGUACUCCAAGUGUGUGGCCUGUGACCUGUGCGUGGAGGAACAUAAUGCGAUCCCAUUACCUCCUCAUCCAGCUACGCGGUUGGUUUGGAGUCCUAAAUUCGAAUACAUUCCCUUACCAGCAAUACCCCCACUACUACCAUAUCCUCAAAAAGAAACACAUCCAGAAGCUCCACAUCCAGCUGAAGCGCCAGACCUUCAACCACUAUCUCCUCUACUGCAGCCUGAACAGCCAGCUCCAGAAGUAGCUCCAGAAGCUGGUCCACCAGCACCUCAUCCAGCGCCAUUCACUGAGCCAGAUCAACUGCCAGAGCUGCCUCCUUGGCAACCAUGGCAUCCAUUCCCAUCGCCUCUACAUCCAGAAAUACUUCCAUCUCCCCCACUGUCACCGCCAGAUCAGCCAGCGCCUAUUCUUGAGCCAGAUCAACUACCAGAGCUGCCUCCUUGGCAUCCAUGGCAUCCAUCGCCUCUACACCCAGAGCUGCCUCCAUGGCACCCAUGGCAACCAUGGCAUCCAGCUCUAUCACCUCUACAUCCAGAGCUGCCUCCUUGGCACCCAUGGCAUCAAUGGCAUCAAUGGCAUCCAUCCCCAUCACCUCUAUACCCAGCUCCAGAAGUAGGCCCAGAAGCUGGUCCACCGGCACCUUCUCCAGAGCAACAACUACUGCAUCCAUCUCCAUCGCCUCUACAUCCAGCUCCAGAAGUAGCUCCAGGAUCUAGUCCACCAGCACCUUAUCCAGAGCAACAACCACUGCAGCCAUCUCCAUCGCCUCUACACCCAGAGCUGCCUCCAUGGCAUCCAUGGAAUCAAUCUCCGUUGCCUCCACAUCCAGCUCCAGAAGUAGCUCCAGAGUUUGGUCCACCGGCACCUCAUCCAGAGCAACAACCACUGCAGCCAUCUCCAUCGCCUCUACAUCCAGAGCUGCCUCCUUGGCAUCCAUGGAAUCAAACUCCGUUGCCUCUACACCCAGACUUACUUCCAUCGCCGUUACCGUCACCACGAGAUCAACUAGCUCCAGAAGUAGCUCCAGAAUUUGGUCCACCAGCACCUUCUCCAGCGCCUUCCCCUGAAUCACAUCUAUCGCCAGAGCAACAACCACUGCAGCCAUCUCCAUCGCCUCUACAUCCAGAGCUGCCUCCAUGGCAUCCAUGGAAUCAACCUCCGUUGCCUUCACAUCCAGAGCAACAACCACUGCAGCCAUCUCCAUCACCUCUACAUCCAGAGCUGCCUCCUUGGCACCCAUGGAAUCAAACUCCGUUGCCUCUACACCCAGAGUUACUCCCAUCGCCCACACCGUCAUCGCCAGAUCAUCCAGAGCUGCCUCCUUGGCACCCAUGGCACCCAUCUCCAUCACCUCCACACCCAGACUUACUUCCAUCGCCGUUACCGUCACCACGAGAUCAACUAGCUCCAGAAGUAGCUCCAGAAUUUGGUCCACCAGCACCUUCUCCAGCGCCUUCCCCUGAAUCACAUCUAUCGCCAGAGCAACAACCACUGCAUCCAUCUCCAUCGCCUCUACACCCAGCUCCAGAAGUAGCUCCAGGAUCUAGUCCACCGGCACCUUCUCCAGAGCAACAACCACUGCAGCCAUCUCCAUCGCCUCUACAUCCAGAGCUGCCUCCAUGGCAUCCAUGGAAUCAACCUCCGUUGCCUCCACAUCCAGCUCCAGAAGUAGCUCCAGAGUUUGGUCCACCGGCACCUCAUCCAGAGCAACAACCAUCUCCAUCACCUCUACAUCCAGGUACAUUUAAAUCAAAGAUUUACUCGCUCACAUUGGCUAGUUUAAAUAUCGGAAAAUAUCUCAGCUUUUGUGAAUUGGAUCAAGUUAAAUUAAUUCCAAUUUUGUCUGUUCAUCACAGAGCUGCCUCCAUGGCAUCCAUGGAAUCAAUCUCCGUUGCCUCCACAUCCAGCUCCAGAAGUAGCUCCAGAGUUUGGUCCACCGGCACCUCAUCCAGAGCAACAACCACUACAGCCAUCCCCAUCGCCUCUACAUCCAGAGCUGCCUCCUUGGCAUCCAUGGAAUCAAACUCCGUUGCCUGCACACCCAGAGCAACAACCACUGCAGCCAUCCCCAUCGCCUCUACAUCCAGAGCUGCCUCCAUGGCAUCCAUGGAAUCAAACUCCAUCGCCUCUACAUCCAGAAUUACUUCCAUCACCCCCACUGUCACCGGCAGAUCAUCCAGCUCCAGAAGCAGCUCCAGAAUUUGGUCCACCGGCACCUUCUCCAGAGCAACAACCACUGCAUCCAUCUCCAUCACCUCUACAUCCAGCUAACUUGCCACAAGCGCCACAGGCACCAGAGCUGAACGAACCGUUCCGGUAUCUCUCAUCUAUCCAACCAGGAUACACAAUCGACGAAUCUGCACCUCCAGGAACACCAGAUCUAGUCCCGAGACCUCCGGUAUCUGUGACAACUCAUU